AUGAGGUUUCCCGUGGUGGGCGUGGCCUUAGGCUUGCUCUCAUCGAUCCUGGUGGAAGCACAGACAUACACAGACUGUGAUCCUUUGCAAAAGUCCUGUCCGCCCGACCCUGCUCUGGGCAAGUCGGCAUCCUAUGACUUCACCAAGGGUUACUCGUCCGAUUUUAAAGAGACUGGAAGCCCAUCGUACGAUAACACCAAAGGCGCCAGCUUCACCGUCGCGAAGCAGGGCGAUGCCCCGUUGAUCCAGUCCAAAUGGUACAUCAUGUUUGGACGUGUCGAGUUCGUGAUCCAAGCUGCUCCCGGAACGGGAAUCGUAAGCAGUGCAGUGCUUCAGUCGGAUGAUCUCGAUGAAAUCGACUGGGAGUGGCUGGGCGGCAACAAUGCCCUGGUGCAGAGUAACUACUUCGGUAAAGGGAACACCGACAGCUUUAACCGCGGUGCCACUCACGACAACCCCGGGAACCAUGAUGGAUUCCACACCUACGCCAUCGAUUGGACCAGUGAGCACAUUAUCUGGCAGAUUGACGGCGAGACGGUCCGCGUGCUCACCCCUGAAACUGCCCAAAGUAAUCAAUAUCCGCAAACUCCCAUGAUGGUCAGGGUGGGCGUUUGGGCAGGCGGAGAUCCGAACAAUCCGCAGGGCACGAUCGACUGGGCCGGAGGAAAAACCGAUUACAGUGCGGGUCCCUACACCAUGUAUCUCAAAUCACUCAAGGUGGUCGAUUACUCGACCGGUUCAUCAUACUCGUAUGGCGACAACAGUGGAUCGUGGCAGUCUAUUACCGCCGAAGGGGGAAAGGUCAAUGGGAAUAUCAACGCAGACACUAUUUCAUCGGUCGAGUCGACGCCAACAGUGACGGCGACUGUCAACAACAUCCCGAUUCCGUUCGAUGGGACACACCGCGAAACGUCGAGCUUUUCAACGCCAGAUAUCUAUCCCUGGGUUCCCCGGCCGACCUCGCUUUCGACUGAUACUGGUCUGCCUAGUGGCUGGACAUUCUCUAGUUCCGGACAGGUCCAGCCGCCCCCGAGUGCGGCUUCAGUGAGUGAGCAUCACCUUCACUUCCCUCAUUAA